GUUUACAAAUCACAGAUGGCUCGUACCAAGCAGACCGCGCGUAAAUCCACCGGAGGCAAAGCUCCCAGGAAGCAGCUGGCCACCAAGGCCGCCCGCAAGAGCGCCCCGGCCACCGGCGGAGUGAAGAAGCCUCACCGCUACAGGCCCGGCACCGUGGCUCUGCGGGAGAUCCGUCGCUACCAGAAGUCCACCGAGCUGCUCAUCCGCAAGCUGCCCUUCCAGCGCCUGGUGCGAGAGAUCGCUCAGGACUUCAAGACCGACCUGCGCUUCCAGAGCUCGGCCGUCAUGGCCCUGCAGGAGGCCAGCGAGGCUUACCUGGUGGGCCUGUUCGAGGACACCAACCUGUGCGCCAUCCACGCCAAGAGGGUCACCAUCAUGCCCAAAGACAUCCAGCUGGCCCGCCGCAUCCGCGGAGAGAGAGCUUAAACUCUCUGCAGGGGAAACACAACGGCUCUUUUAAGAGCCACAGAAUUCUGUCAAAGACCUGAAUCCUUUAUCAUUUUCUGUGAGAAAGUAGUUGC